AUGGCCACCACGGUGGCGGAAGCAGCAGCGCCUGGCCAGCCGUACGACACUCCGUACGCCACGGCGCCUUACAAUCCGGAGAAACCCCCCAAGGACAGCCAUGGCCACCACGGUGGCGGAAGCAGCAGCGCGUAUCCCCCGCCGCCGCCGGGGUACGGGAGCCCGUUCGCGUCGCUGGUGCCGUCGGCGUUCCCGCCCGGCACGGAUCCCAAUGUCGUGGCGUGCUUCCAGCUGGCGGAUCAGGACGGGAGCGGAUCGAUCGACGACAAGGAGCUCCAGAGCGCGCUCUCGUCGUAUAAUCAGAGCUUCAGCCUCAGAACCGUUCAUCUCCUCAUGUAUCUCUUCACCAAUUCCAACGCCCGGAAGAUCGGUCCGAAGGAGUUCGCUUCGCUGUUCUACAGUCUUCAGAGUUGGAGGGGAAUUUUUGAGAAAUUUGAUAGAGACAGGAGUGGAAGAAUUGACACAAAUGAGUUGAGGGAGGCAUUGUUGAGUCUGGGAUUCGCGGUGUCCCCUGUCGUCUUGGAUUUGCUGGUCUCCAAGUUUGACAAGACCGGAGGCAAAACCAAGGCCAUUGAAUAUGAUAACUUCAUCGAGUGCUGUCUCACUGUCAAGGGAUUGACUGAGAAAUUUAAGGAGAAGGACACCAUGUACGCUGGUUCUGCGACUUUCUCUUACGAGGCAUUCAUGCUCACCGUGCUCCCUUUCCUUAUUGCAUAGUCUGUAUGUAAAGCUUUAUGGAUUCAUGGGUUUGGAUUUACAUCAUGCAGUAUCCUGUGUCUAUCGCGUGCGUAAAUGCCCUAAUACCUCUUAUCUGUGCUUCGUAGCUUUGGUAGAGUAAUAAAGCUAGGUAUUCUGCCUUUACCAUCUGAUAGUAGUAUUUUCCUACUUAAGUAUUCAGGUUCUGUACGACCUUCUGAUAGUUUUUAAUCCAAAAUUAUCUUCUUGUGAAUUAUGUUUACAAAGUAUAUUUGAACAUUGAUAACUGAUGGAAUACCAAAAAGUUCCUGCAUUUAGAGCUUUGGCUU